AUGGGCCUCAUCGCAUCUACUGUUAAGACUAUAUGUGAAGCCUGUCACCUCCACUUCUUCGUCGAGGUCUCUCCACUUCCUGAUCAUCCUGAGACUAAAGAAAUACUUCCUGACAUCCUUGAGGUUUAUCUCCGUAACUUCCGAUACUACGACAUAUCAGAAAUGAUUAAUGCUCAUAUAAUAUUCUCACGUUUAACUCUCGCUGCAGAUUACCGAGCGACACCAGGGACGGUUGUUGUGGUAGCUCCCACCCGCAGGCAUGGCUACGCCAGACACACAAGUCCGGCGUGCGUCCGACGGAGUCCUUCGGCGUUCCUUCGCCAGAGCUUUCAGAUAUGUGGAAUAACACUGGGCUCGCCGAUGGUGAUAUGUCUGGGAGGAUUCGGUGUGUUCUUCAUGCUCUCUGGCACCAUGACUCUUGCUGUAUCCAUGCGGAAGCCCCACUUCUGGGCAGAUUUCGAGCAAAGCGUGAACCGAGGGCAAGUGGUUGGCAGCGUGUUUCUUACAGUAGGCGUAUUGCUUAUUAUAGCGUUCUUUGCUCUGCGGGUCUACGAGCGCAGGAAUUGCAAGAAUUUCUUAAAUCAUAAUGUAAACAACAGGGGUAGAGUUAUAAACUUACCUUCCAGCCAGCCGCCAACAUAUCCGGGACAAACAGAUACCUUCCCAGGCCAUCCAACAACCUAUCCAAGCCAACUAGCCACUAAUCCAAGCCAACCAUCCGCUUAUCCUAGCCAGCCAACCAGCUAUCCAAGACAACCAUCCGCAUAUCCUAGCCAGCCAACCACCUAUCCAAGUCAGCCAGCCGCCUUUUCAUGCCACCCAACCGCUUAUCCAUCGACUCCUCAAGCAGCUGCCGAUCCAAGUAACUUGUUGAUUGACUACCGACCUGAAGUUGUAUCUGGAAAGUCAGGUCUGCCUGAGAGUGCUAUACCUCAGGAGUAUCAGCCACCACCAGCUUAUGCUCCAGAUUCUAGUCCCCCUCCUUACUCACCUUAGGGCUACAAAGAUUGUACUCACUUAAUUGUGGUUGCAGGGGUCGAGUCAUAGCUCCUGGCCCCGCCUCUUCACUGGUCGCUAUUAGGUCACUCUUCCUGCUCCAUGAGCUUUAUCAUAUCUCUUCUUAAAGCUAUAUAUGGAUCCUGCCUUCACUACAUCACUUCCCAGACUAUUUCACUUCCUGACAACUCUGUGGCUGAAGAAAUACUUUCUAACAUCCCAGUGAUUCAUCUGAGUCUUCAACUUCCAACUGUGACCCCUUGUUGCUGUGUCCCAUCUCUGGAACAUCCUGUCUGUGUCCACCUUGUCGAUUCCUCUCAGUAUUUUAUAUGUCGUUAUCAUAUCCCCCCUACCUCUCCUGUCUUCCAGUGUCGUCAGGUCGAUUUCCCUUAACCUCUCCUCGUAGGACAUGCCCCUUAGCUCCGGGACUGGUCUUGUUGCGCCGCGCGCGAACGCGUGUGUGUGUCUUUCUGAGUAUGUGCCUGCCUAUUUGUGGUUGUAGGGGUUGAGUCUCAGCUGCCGGCCUUGCCUCAACACACUUGCCGGAUUUACUCCCUUUUAACCUCGUGAACCCUAUCAUUUCAAUUCCUGAACCAAUAUGUUUCCAAUAUUUCUUCGUCAAGGUCAUUCCAUUUACAGUUCACCAUUUUAACUGAAGAAAUAUUUCCUGUCAUCCUUCAACUCAUGUGUUUCUUUAACUUCCAGCUGCUCCCUGGUGAACCUGUUUCUCACCUCUCGACCAGAUUAUCCCUGUGCAUGUUAUCAAGGACUCUGAGCCUUUUGCAUGUCAAUGUCAUGUCUUACUUUUUUCUUCUAUAUCGUCAGGUUCAUUUUUUUGUUUGUCUCUCAGUUCAUUCGUCUAAGCUCUGGGACUAAUCUCAUUGCAUAUCGUUGCUCUUUUUCCAUUGUGUGUGUGUGUGUGUGUGUGUGUGUGUGUGUGUGUGUGUGUGUGUGUGUGUGUGUGUGUGUCUGUCUGUCUGUGCGUGCAUAACAGUACGUAGCUUUGUUUACACUUACGGGAACAAGACCAUUGAUAAUGGCCUAGCCCCUUAACCUUAAUAGGCUCAUCUCUUUCGUUUGGUACAAAUUGUUACGUGUCUUCUGGGUAAAUCUGAUGAAAAUUUUCUGUUAUCUCCUGUCUUUCCUAAUAUUUCUCUUUCCUAAUAAACUCCAAGAAAACUGUCAUAUUCCCUUAUAACUGCAUCACCAAUUGUCUUAUUUUCGGGCAUCGUAUUUUGGUUUGUGUUGAUCUAGCUGCUGUAGGGUUGUCAGAAAGUAGCGCCGUCUGGUCAAAGUGGUCAAGAGGUUCCUCACUUUCGGUUUACUUUAUCCGCUACUUUUAUAAAGAAAUAUUUAAAUUUAGAGUUAGUCAUGUAACCUAAAAUUACAUUGUAGCCUGAGGCUUUGGCGAAGAAAAAAUUAUCACCUAUUUUUCGAAACCAUCAAUGUAGCGCUUAGCAUGAUUUUAAAUACUUUACGGCAGCUUUUUCCUUCAUGAAGGGUGAAAUUUGACAUCGAUGAACGGUAACUGACUCAAAAAACUGGUGCUAUUCUUCCCCUAGAUCUAACUGAUUACUUCCCAUUCCUCAAGCACUGCAUGUACCGCUACCGGGUUUGGCGCUUCCGCAAGAAUAUAAUAAACCUAACUGCUCCUUCAAGAAAUGCAUACCCAGUCAUCGUUAGGGCCAAUUUGAAUCUUCCUCAGCAGAAUCCUCAGGGACUUCCACUGUUGCUCGAGAGGAUUUAGUGACUCGCUCAAUAUGGUGAUUAUUAAGUGGUAUGGACGCCUCUGAGUGAAAUGCAAAGCCAAUCUGAUAGAGUGCUCCUAGCGGUGUAAUCCAAUCCUGGGUAUUAAGUUCAGUGUUUCCCUGUGUUUGUCUAGCUGUGGGAAUAGUAAUGGAAGCAAUACCAAAGUAGUAUAUAUCUAAGCCGAAUUGGUCACUUAGGCAGAAUUACCAUAGAAAUUGAACUUCAAAAUUUUCUUUAAUGGAUUUGUGGGCAUAUUUUUUUAUUGAAAAUACUGUAAAUUUAUCUUAGUUCUUGAACAAAACCUAACUUAGAAACCUAACCUAAUCCAACAUUAUAUAUUUUAGCCUAAUUCUACUUAAUAUUUGAUAUAUCAGUAUAAAUUUAUUUAAUAUGAAUUAAAAUCAUUGCUAUAUUUUUUUUCGUCAUGUUCACACUAUUAUUACAGAUUUCUUCAUAUAUUUUUUUUUAAAUACUUGAAACAUUAAAAAACUCAGAUUUAUUGUGUAAAAAAAUAAUUCAUUUUACUUAUUCGGCAAAAAAUAACCCUUUUUUUCAGAACAAACUCGCCAAUUCGGCUUAUUCGGCGUGACAUAUAUAAUUCAAAGAACGGGUGGGGCUCGAACCUAUGGCAAGCCAGUGUGCAAAUACUAGUAUAUCCAAUCGUGUUAUUGCAGUUUUCCGAGUCAUGAUAUUAUAUAUAUAUAU